GAGUCACUGACGACUUCGUACAUUCUACACCUGAAUCCCGAUGGCUUCCGAUUUUUUUUAUUAAAAAAAAAAGCACCAAACUUUUUUUUUCAAGUAAAAUUGCGGUUAAACGAGGUGAUAUUGCACCUUCCGUUAUUCUGCGCGGUGGACUAGUCUACCAUUAAAGCCCUUCUUCCCCUCUCUUGACCUCUUUUUCUCUCUCAGAAAAACUUCUUCCGGAAUCUAAACUCUUUCGUAUAUUUUGUUUCUUAUUAGAUCUAUAAAUAUCAAACAGAUUAGAUUUUGGGUAUUCUUUUCUAUUUACUAAACAUGGCAUCUACAGAAGGGUUGAUGCCAAUAACUAGGGCUUUUCUUGCUCAGUAUUACGAUAAGUAUCCAUUAACUCCUGUUUCUGAAGAUGUUGCUCGUCUUACUUCUAAACUCCGGUCUAUGUCUGAUGAUUUGAUUAAGGAACUUCCAUUGACUGAAGCUGAAAGUGUUUUAGCUCAGGAAGUUGAAUCCGCGACUCCACAUAAAAUCGACCAGAACAUGUGGAAGAACAGAGAACAUAUAGAAGAAAUACUCUAUCUAAUGGAAGGAUCUCACUGGCCCAAAAUGCUUCAACAGCAGUCUACUCCCGAAGAAAUUGAAAUUGGUGCUACUCUCAGAGAGCUCAAAGUUAAAUUGCAGAGCACAUUGAAAACAAUUGAACAGUUCCACACUAAAAAUUCUGAUAAUGUAUUUAAUACAGUUAUGACUUACAUGCCUCAAGAUUUUCGAGGAAAGCUCAUUAGGCAACAGAGAGAGCGAUCUGAAAGAAAUAAGCAGGCUGCGAUUGAUGCUUUAGUUAAUGCCGGUGGAAGUAUACAUGAUCGAUUUGCUUUACUAUGGGGGCAACAAAUGGAAAGACGAAGACAAUUAGCGCAGCUUGGCAGUGCAACUGGUGUCUACAAGACGCUUGUGACAUACCUAGUAGGGGUGCCACAGGUUUUACUGGAUUUUGUUAAAACAAUAAAUGACGACGAUGGGCCCAUGGAAGAGCAAAGACAACGUUAUGGACCAUCUUUGUACACCCUUACAGACAUGGCCAUUUCUAUUCGGUUUUAUCUUCUUAUCUCUUGGGGGCGGUAUGAGACUAGGAAAUUACAAAAGGAUGAAUUUCUUGUUCUAAAAGAGGCAGUGCAUACAUAUACAUCUGAGAUGAAUAGACUAGCUGAAUUUUUCGGAGAGGUGUUUGCAAACUCCCCAUUCUUUAUCAAAGCGGAGGAUGCUGGCAUUGGAGAGAACAGUGAUGAUUACAAGGAGACCAUCAUUCCUGUGGGGAAAACUCAUGAGGUUUCACUGCAGGUGGACUCUGUUAACUCGUAUAUCGGUUGGGAUUUCUCAUUAAUCCAAAGCAAAGUAACCAUGGAUAUUGGUUUCAGUGUGGAGUACAUUGGCCCCUCCGGGGAAAAAAUAAUGAUCUUACCGUACAGGCGUUGUGGUUCUGACCAAGGGAAUUUCAGCACACUCAUGGCUGGAUGCUACAAACUCAUCUGGGACAAUUCGUACUCGACCUUCUUCAGAAAGACUCUACGAUUCAAAGUAGAUGCUAUUCCUCCUGUUGCAGAUCCAGUGGAACCAGAAGUAGUAGCUGAAGCUGAAGGAUGAAGAGAAUGGGAGCCUUCUCUAUAUUUCUGACUGCUGUAAUACAGUCCUUGACCUGAUCUUAUUGAUUUCUGGUCAAAUUCAAAUGUACCAUUGAAAUUUCUCCCUCGUGUUUCCAUAUCCCGAAGAUUCCUUUUACUUGACAUAUAUGAGGUUAUUACCUGGCAAGAUUAUGGGAAUUUGUAAUUUUAUAACUCAAAUAAUGCUUUAGAGGCUGCAGGAUGUUCAAAUUAUGAAAAUAGUUACCGGUCAAAUUUGGCAUCUGCAAA